AAGUUGCUGGGGAGGCGACGGGGAAAGUGGUACAGCUGGGAGUAGCGACCAGUGGCUUUUUCUCUUGCCUCGGACAAAACAUGACUUGCGUCACACGGAGAUGCCUACAAAGGCAAAAGGAGUUCAUCCUCGAUGGUGUGGCCGUAGACACUAUAGCAAGCAGCUACACCAACCUCCUGCCCAGGCUGUGGUCUGCCUUGCCUCCUUAUAAUGCUCAGUUGGACAUCCACGCGGCCAGCUACUUCUCAUCCCCAGUGGUCAAAUCUGUGCUGAAAAGGACAGAACAGGUAAGUGCAUCUAAAGGAUAAUAAAACCAACUCGGCUGACAAUCACGCAGAUACUGCAGGAUCUAUUGACUCGUGAUCCUGCAGGACAAUUUUCCGUAGAAACUUGCUCCUAGUUUGUGGUCCGCAAACUGCCCACUUGGAGCUUUCCGGCCAGGCCAGCUCCUCCAUCCCAUAAUAGUUUGCUGCCAUUGAUUUCCUUGGCUGUGCAAUGUGUCUGCAUCUGCAGUGCUAGGGUGAGUCGCCACGUGCUGCAAUUUAAUUCACGUAAAUGCUUAGCACAGCUCAGUAAUACCUCUUACUGGUAUGUUAGAUCUUUGCCCGAGAAAGGAAAGCAUUGUGCAUCUUUUUGAAAGUGUAUAGUAAUUGAAUCCAUUGCUCUUGGAGUGGUGCGUGGGUUUGCCUGCCUUGGAGGUUGUUAAUAAAAGGCUGGAUCAGCAUUUGACGUGCUUAGCCAUACAGAGGUUACUUUUUUGCCCAUUAGGCUAGUAAAAUCCAUUGUUGCUUUUUCAAUUAUUUUAAAUCUAGGUUGCUUCUGGAGGCAGAAUUAUGCCCCUGUCAACCUCUCUUAGUGUCCAGCCAGAUUCCAAUCCAUUCAGCACACUGAAAGUAAAUGGGGAAAAUAUAAUGAAGACCCAAUCACCACCAGGCUCCUGAAUUGUGCCCUAAAUCAAAAAAAUAAAUUGUGUCCUACUUAAAAGACCUUGGAAUGUUUCCAAAAGAUAGAUAGGCUGUGCAUCUUCUAUAGGUGUUCAGAAGGAGCCUAUAGCAUGGCCUAUGGGUGUUCAGGAGGGGUGCGUGAAAUCUUUAAUAUCUUCUAUAUUUGGACUUCCCUUUCUUGGAAUGUUUCGGCUUUUGCUGCUUGAUGUCACAGCUGCCUCUAUGACCUCACUGUACGCACCACAUGCCCCUAUGACAUCAGCCCCAAUUACAUUAGGAAAAAGGGAAGGAAUGUGAUGGGCAAUGUGAAAAGUUGAAAGGACUCCUCCUUCCCCGCCCUGCAAAUUUUAUCGCUUCAUCGUGCCCAAAAAUAUCUUAACUAGAAGGAAUUUUUUAAAAAAUGAGUUCUGUACAGCCCCUAGCACGUUGCUGGUACUAAAUUGCUAAGCAGCAUUAGUAAUAUAUUUUUUAAUUGCUUUUGCUUGUGACAGACCCGCGGAGGUACCUCGAGGGAUGGCUGGAUAGUAGAUUAUUUUCAUAUCUAUGGGCCAGGACAGAGGUACCUGAACAGGAGAAAUUGGGCAGGGGCAGGUGAGAGAAAUACUACGACUUUUCUAUGCCUGUGUUUUGUCGUUCCUCCCUCUCUCUCUCUCUCUCUCUCUCUCUCUCUCUCUUUUCUUGGCGCUGUUCCCCCUAUUUCAUUGUGGGAAUCAAAGGCUUUUGAAGCUGUGUUUGAUGCUGCAGAAAUGACUUAAUUCAGGAAACAUCCAUGUGAUACAUUUAAAGCAGUAUAUACAGUGGUACCUCGGGUUACAUACGCUUCAGGUUACAGACUCCGCUAACCCAGAAAUAGUGCUUCAGGUUAAGAAAUUUGCUUCAGGAUGAGAACAGAAAUCGUGCUCCAGGGGCGUGGCAGCAGCAGGAGGCCCCAUUAGCUAAAGUGGUGCUUCAGGUUAAGAACAGUUUCAGGUUAAGAACGGACCUUCGGAACGAAUUAAGUACUUAACCUGAGGUACCACUGUACCGCCAUAAACAAGCAUGGCUUCCCCCAUGGAAUCAUGGGAACUGUAGUUUGUUAAACGUGCUUAACCCGCCCUAUUUCCUUCAUAGAAUGACAAUUCUCACAGUUCCCUGGCAAUGUGGGAAAACCCCACCUAAGGUCCCUCACACAGACAAAUCCUUUACUCACUAGCAACGACGAGAGACAUCCAAGAAGUCUGCAAAAGCAAAGUUCUGUUUCUUGCUCUAGCAGGAAAGAUUUGUACAGUGGUAUCUCGGGUUACAUACGCGUCAGGUUACAUAGGCUUCAGGUUACAUACUCCGCUAACCCAGAAAUAGUGCUUCAGGUUAAGAACUUUGCUUCAGGAUAAGUACAGAAAUCGGGCUCUGGCGGCACGGCGGCAGCAGGAGGCCCCAUUAGCUAAAGUGGUGCUUCAGGUUAAGAACAGUUUCAGGUUAAGAACGGACCUCCGGAACGAAUUAAGUACUUAACCCGAGGUACCACUGUACUGAGGAUGCUAGACAGAUGGUAACUUAGACAUUUUAUUAAUGACCUGGGUGGAUGCAAGAAGGAGUGUUAUAAGAAUUCUAAGGUCUCAAAUAUAGAAUAAAUGUUCAUAAAUGUACAAGGCAAACACAUACAUAAGUAUAUAAACCACAUGUCUGAAAUAGGUCAGGAGAGCAAUCCUGAAGCCGCUUUGACCCUCCCAAAUUGACCUCAAAUAUUUCUCUGCGAGGAGGAGGGAAAUGGGAAAAGCUUUCCAAUUGUCUUUGGACUGUAGGGUCUUACACCCUCCUGCAAACACAGUCUGGCAAGUACAGUGGAACCUCGGUUUUUGAAUGUAAUCCGUUCCAGAAGACCGUCGGACUUCUGAAAUGUUUGAAAACCGAGGAGCAAUGGGCAGUCUGCAAAAUCCACUGAGAAAAAAGAAAAACACAGCGGAAGCUGUUCAACUUCCGAUGCACGUUCGAAAACGGAAGCAAUUACUUCCGGGUUUUCGGCAUUCGGCUUCUGAGAUGCUCAAAAACCGAGGUUUCACUGAAUCUGUUAAGCUGAGCAAACUCAAUUACGUGCAAGAGAUUCAGGAACUAAAGUAUUUACCAUCACCUGGGUAGCCAGGCUACCCAGAAAAUGCAAGAGUUGUUCGCGACUGGAUUUAACUGUCAGGGGUCCUUUAACUUUACGAACAGGACGCGGGUGGCGCUGUGGUCUAAACCACAGAGCCUAGGGCUUGCUGAUCGGAAGGUUGGCGGUUCGAAUCCCUGCGAUGGGGUGAGCUCCCGUUGUUCGGUCCCUGCUCCUGCCAACCUAGCAGUUCGAAAGCAUGUCAAAGUGCAAGUAGAUAAAUAGGUACCGCUCCGGCUGGAAGGUAAACGGCGUUUCUGUGCGCUGCUCUGGUUUCGCCAGAAGCGGCUUAGUCAUGCUGGCCACAUGACCAGGAAAAACUGUCUGCGGACAAAUGCCAGCUCCCUUGGCCAGUAAAGCGAGAUGAGCGCCGCAACCCCAGAGUCGUUCCCUACUGGACUUAACUGUCAGGGGUCCUUCACCUUUACCAUAAGGCAUUAUCAGGUAUCCUGGCAGACAGGAGAGAAGCAAUACUCUCAAAUUUCUGCUAGAGCUGGCCUCUUCCUGUGAUGCAUGUAUGAUGUUUUGGGGGGUGGUCUUGGGGUACAGGGUGGGCAACUUCAAAAGCCAUUAUGGGGUCUUGCGCACCAUUGUUCAGGGUUCUCCUCUGUCCUGCGUGUGGUGACCCUGUUGCAACAGUUUAUUUCCUUUUACAUGAAGAGCAGGCUUAUUAGCCGCUUUGCUUUCAAUAUACAGUGGUAGCUUAGGUUAAGAACUUAAUUCGUUCCGGAGGUCCGUUCUUAACCUGAAACUAUUCUUAACCUGAGGUACCACUUUAACUAAUGGGGCCUCCUGCUGCUGUGCCACUGCCACACAAUUUCUGUUCUCAUCCUGAAGCAAAGUUCUUAACCGGAGGUAAUAUUUCUGGGUUAGCGGAGUCUGUAACCUGAAGCGUCUGUAACCUGAAGCAUCUGUAGCCCAAGGUACCACUGUACAAUGGUACCUCCGGUUGUGAAUGGGAUCUGUUCCGGAGCUCCGGUCAGAUCCUGAGGAAUUCGCAACCGGAGGUGUCGCUUCUGCGCAUGUACGCGGCGUGAUUUAGUGCUUCUACACGUGGCGCAAUUUAGUGCUUUUGCGCAUGCAGCGAAACCUGGAAGAAUCCUGAAAGUACCUCAGGUUAAGAACUUAAUUCGUUCUGGAGGUCUGUUCUUAACCUGAAACUGUUCUUAACCUGAAGUGCCACUUUAGCUAAUGGGGCCUCCUGUUUCCGCUGCGCGAUUUCUGUUCUCAUCCUGAAGCAAAGUUCUUAACCUGAGGUAAUAUUUCUGGGUUAGCAGAGUCUAACCUGAAGCGUAUGUAACCUGAAGCGUAUGUAACCUGAGGUACCACUGUACUCUGGUUGGCCUCUGCUUUCUUCACGACCAGGGAGGGCUCUAUACAGGCUUCCCUGUAUAAUUCCCAUAAGGGAAUUAGAGGAAUUAUCUUACAGCAGGGGUAAUAAAUAAUUAGUUUCUCCCCCUCUCCUCACCCCAGAGUGGCUGGGGAAACUCAGCCAGAUGGGCGGGGUAUAAAUAAUAAAUUAUUAUUAUUAUUAUUACAGGCCAUUCUCCGCAGCAAGUGGCUGGCCACUAUUGGCACUUGAUGGACGUAAAACCGGUGAAAGGGUACAAUGGACGUUACGGCUACCGCCGCAACACCCCUGAUCUCCGCACUCGUUCCUCUUGCUUUGGCGAAGUCACGUGUUUCCCCAUCCAUUGAAGCGUAGAAUAUGAUUUAUUCACUGCCUUCCUCUUAUCAUACUCUCCAUUUGUUGUCAAUUAUAUUGAUUUCUCCAAAAUAAUAAUAAAAAUACUUUUAAUUU